AUGUUCGCUAGGACGCUGAUAGUCUGUUCAAUAUUGAUGAGCAUUAUGAUGGUUAGAACGACUGAUUACUGCCGCAUCGGGCUGUGCUCUGGAAAGAUUAAGCAUAUUGGCUGCAUGAACUUUGGGGACUUUGACGAGAGCUGCGGGGAGAGUCCAGUAAUGCUGAAGUUUACCAGCCAAAUGCGCGGCCAAGUGUUAUCCACAUUGAACACGUUUCGUAAUGCCAUCGCCCUGGGUCGUUUUAAUUCGUAUAAGCCCGCAGCAUCAAUGGCAACGUUACGCUGGAACGAAGAGCUGGCCGGGUUGGCAAAGUUUGCAUUGCGCCGUUGCGAAAAUUUGGAGGAGUAUUGUGCCAAUACGUACGACUUCAAGUAUGUCUCGUACAUUUACGGAAGCACCAACUGGUUGCACCAUGAGAAACCCUUGCGUGGUUUACUGGAGUGGCUGCUAACUUAUUGGAUCAACGAUUACAAGAAUUGCUCCAGGAACCACAUUAAUGGAAAUCUACCGCCCAAGGAUAGUCAUUGCAAAGGCUAUUUUACGCAACUUGUCCAGGAUCAGGCGGCUCACGUGGGCUGUGCGCUCAUGCGGCGAAAAGGACCUACGGGUCUCCUGCAGUAUAGCUUACUUUGCCAGUUCUCACGCGGCAAGGUCGCCAACGAGCCGGUCUACCUGGAGAGCUCUAGAGCCGGAUCCCAUUGCUAUGCGGGCGUACACUCCGUAUACCAUGGGCUGUGUGCUCCGGAAGAGCACAUAAACGCUAACCUGCUGCAUUCAGAGAAAAAAGAGAAGCGAUUUUGAUUUGACACGCCGCGCAGUGUUUCAGGGUGGACUUUUUUAAAUUUUAUAAUUAACUUUUUUAACUUUUACGAAUAUUCUUAAUGCAAAUGCUGCCUUUUGAAGGCAAUUUUUUUGAUGCUGCCUAGGACAGAAAUUAAAUUAAUACGCUACUUAAUUACUUAACUAAGAAAAAGAAAAACCAUACACAUAAGUUGUAAUAAUAUCACAAAAUAUUAAAAAAAAAGAAUUAGAACAUCGCGGUGGCUCUUUGGAGGGGCAUUACAAAUAAUUAAAACACACACAACUUAUUUGAAAAUAAUUGUUAGAGGGAUAAAGUGUAUUGUUCCUUGUUGAAGAACCCAACGAUUAACAAAGCUGAGUGGGUUAUUAUUGUUGCAUAAAUAAUUAAAGUAGUGUGAAGAUCAAAGCUUAAUCUCAAUUCAUGUGAAGCAACUACAAUAAAUGAGUAACAGACCAAGCUAUCUAACUACCUUAAGUGAAAAAUAUAUUCUUGUAAAUACAUUUCUUAAUUCUACACAAUAAA